CGGGCGUGCAAACCAGAAACUUUUUAAAGGUGUUGCGUUACCCAAAGGUAGAUCAGAGAGGCUAUUUUUGGAAGGAAUAUGUUUCGGAGCAGCAGGAGGAUGGAACUUCUCGGCCUCGGGCUCCUGCUGGUUUGGUCCAGUUUUGGCUCGGCCUUUGUACCCGUCUCCCGUACUGUAAAGCAGAAUGCUCGGCUUACGUUGGCGUCGUUGGCGACGAGAGCAACGAAAACUGUCUUAUUCGGCGCGCCCGCAAAUUCUACAAGUGCGGACGAUGAAGAAUUGAUUCGACUUAUUCGGGGUCCGCUGGGGGCAAAAACACCCCGGCCCAAACCAAAGACGAUCAUCAUAUUGUCCGACCAAACCGGCGUCACGGCCAAAUCGGCCGUCGGAAAAAGCCUCGAGCAGUUCAACGGUUGCGACCAACGUUUCAUCAAUCUACGUGAGGAAGACGAAACCGAAAGCUCUUUGCAGAGCGUAGAUGAACGGGACGAUGACGAAGACUGCAUCAACGUCGGCACCCGGGUCUAUCCUUUUUUGAAAACAGACUCCCAGAUCGCGUCUGUUUUAAAAGCCGCCCAUGAUAAGGACGUGAUUGUUGUGUUCACCUUGGCCGAUCCUGAGCUUCGGGACGCAACGAUCCGGAUGUGCGAGCUAUCGCAGGUCGAGUACGUAGACUUGCUGGGGCCCAUGUUUUCCUCGAUGACGAGUUUUUUUGGGCGUGCUCCCUUGGGUAAAGUUACCCAGAUGCCAUCCUCCCCGUACACCAAAGCAGGAAAGAUCAUCAAACGGCGGAAGCUUUCGGACGAUUAUUAUCGCCGCAUUGAUGCCGUCGAGUUUACUUUGAAAUGCGACGAUGGCAUGAAACCAAGACUACUCAAGGAGGCGGACGUAAUACUGUUGGGUGUCUCCCGCACAGGCAAAACACCCUUAUCCGUCGUCCUGGCCCAAACCAUGGGACUCAAAGUAGCCAAUAUUCCACUUGUGGUUGAUCUGCCACCACCGGUGCAAUUGUUCUCCGAUGAUAUCGACCCCCAGCGAGUGUUUCUGUUGACGCUGGAUGAGCAGGAUUUAAUGCGGAUACGCCGGUAUCGGUUGAAUCGGGAACUAAAGCACGCCUCAACGGUUGGUGCGUCGUCUUCUUCGUACGCCGAUCCCGACUAUUUACAAGCGGAUUUGGCGCACGCUCGGGAUCUGGCACGGAAGCAAGGGUAUACAGUAAUUGAUGUGACUGGUAGGGCGGUGGAAGAAACGGCGAGCUUGAUCCAAUCCUAUCUGAACGAUCGCUUUCCGGAGCUGACGCAGCAGGAUGGCUAG